AUGAGGAAAGAGCUAGCCCGAAACGUUAAGGAACGUGUCAACAACUAUGAUGCAGACAACGUUGAAGAUUUUACCACAGCUUUCCUCAAAGAGGUGCGACGCAGCAAGCAGGAGGACAAGGCGUUUGAUGAAAGUCACCUACAGAUGACUAUGACCGAUAUCUUUAUGGCGGGAGCAAUUGAUAUCGGCAACAACCUCAAGUGGUCACUUCUAUAUCUACUCCACUACCCGGAAGUCCAGGAGAAGUGUUUCCAGGAGAUCAAAGAACACAUCGGACUGGAGAGAAGACCAACGAUGAUGGACAAGCCCAACCUUCCUUACGUUGAGGCUAUGUAUUCAGAAGUAUUGAGACACACAGAUGCGGUCCAGACAGGAAUGCCAUAUACAGUCCCCUGCGACGUCCAGUUCAUGGGCUACACGUUCCCUGAGGGUGUCACUAUCAUUCCCGUGUUAAACUCAGUGCUUCACGAUCAGACUGCGUUUUGA